AUGUCGCACUGUCACGACGAGCACGGUGGCGACGACCACCAUCACCACCACGGCGAGGACGGUCACGACCACAGCGACGACCUGACUCCCGCCCUGCAAAACUCACUCUACACCCGCAUCGACUUUGGCAAGAUCGUGACGCUCAACGAGGACGCGCACAACUCCGGCGCGGCCGUGGUGAAAAAGACGUGGGCCGAACGUCUGACCCCGACGCCGGAGCUGGCCAGCGACGCCGACGAGCAGCUGCUCAUGCACGUGCCGUUCACGGGCCAGGUGAAGCUGCACUCGAUCCUGGUGCGGACGUCGGACAGCGACUCGGCGCCCCGCACCCUGCGCGUCUUUGCCAACCGGCCCGAGAGCUUUGACUUUUCCGCCGCCGAGUCCGAAGCCCCGCUGCAGGAGAUGGAGCUCAGUCGCACCUCGGCCGUGCAGGAGUUGAACGUCAAAAGGGCCAAGUUUGGCGGCGUUGCGAGGCUGUCGUUGUUUUUUGUGGAUAAUUUCGGCCGUGGCGAUGAGGACGUCACCAGGCUGUCGUACCUGGGCUUCAAGGGCGAGUGGAUGCCGCUCGGGAGGGCCCCGGCGAAUAUUUUGUAUGAGGCCGCGGCGAAUCCCAGUGAUCAUGCGCUCAAGGGGACCAGUGUGAACACUAUGGGUAGUGGGAUUGGGGGUAGAGGACCUGGGGCUUGA